AUAACACAGAUGAGAAUACACCUGAACCUGAUAACUUAACAACUACUAAUCCCAGUCAAGAUAACACAAUAACCACUGAUCCUAUCUUCAGUCAAGAUAACACAGCUCUUGCUAUAAAUCUUGAUAACAAUGAGCAAAGUGCUAUAGUUCCAAAGGAUAAUAUUUCAUCAUUAUUAAAAAAUUGUCUUCGUUCCUCUGUUCGAAAAUCUAAUAAUAUCAAAAACAUAUCUGAACACAGUGUACAAGAUUCUG